CAGGCUCUUCCUGCUUUGCCUCAGAGCAGAGUUGGGGUGGGGACUAUUUAAAGCCACCUUCCUGGGGUCUUGAGGACAGACACGGAGGAGCAGCCAUGGUCUCUUGGCAGCAUCAAGGGAGCUUCCAGGGUCUCAACAUCUGCCUUCCCAGAACCCUGUUCCUCCUCGCCCUCUUGGGCAGGGUGUCCAGCCUCAAGGAAUGCCUGAUACUGCAGUCAGCUGAGGGCAGCACCGUCUCCUGCCAUGGUCCCACUGAGUUUCCAAGUUCCCUCCCGGCCGACACUGUCCAUCUGUCGGUGGAAUUCUCCAAUUUGACGCAGCUGCCCGCCGCCGCCCUGCAAGGGUGUCCGAGUCUGCGGGAGCUGCACCUCUCCAGCAACCGCCUGCAGGCGCUGUCCCCCGAGCUGCUGGCGCCCGUGCCCCAGCUGCGUGUCCUGGAUCUGACCCGCAAUGCUCUCCGCAGCCUGCCUCCCGGGUUGUUCCGCACCUCGGCCGCCCUGAGCACCCUGGUCCUGAGAGAGAACCAGCUGCGGGCGGUGAGCUCGCGAUGGCUUCAGGGCCUGGACGCUCUGGGCCACUUGGACCUAGCGGAGAACCAGCUGCGCUCUCUGCCCGCCGGGCUCCUCGCCAGCCUCGGCGCCCUGCACACCCUCGACCUUGGGCACAACCUGCUGGAGUCGCUGCCCGAGGGACUCCUGCGGGGCCCAAGGCGGCUGCAGCGCCUGCACCUAGAAGGGAACCGGCUGCGGAGGCUGGGGGAUGGCCUGCUUGCGCCCCAACCGUUCCUGCGCGUCCUGUUCCUGAAUGACAACCAGUUGGCCGAGGUGGCGGCCGGCUCCUUCCGGGGCCUAAAGCAGCUGGAUAUGUUGGAUCUGUCCAAUAACUCUCUGUCCAGCACGCCCCCGGGCCUGUGGGCGUUCCUGGGAAGGCCGACCCGCGACAUGCAGGACGGCUUCGACGUCUCCCACAACCCCUGGGUCUGUGACAAGGACCUGGUGGACCUGUGCCGCUGGCUGGACGCCAACCGACACAAGAUGUUCUCACAGAACGACACGCGCUGUGCGGGGCCCGAGGCCAUGAGGGGACGGCGGCUGCUGGACGUGGCAGAGCUGGGGUCCCUUUGAGGAUGGCUACUGGGGUGCGGGCCAAGGACACCCCCCCCCCCCGCGCUCACCAGUGAGCCAAUCUGGUCCCAUGUCAGCGUUCAGAUUCCCAGCAUCUGCCAUUCCCCAUUCCCUCAGCCAGGAAUACUAUUCUCUGACUCCCUCUCCGGCUCCUCUACCCUCGCCCCUACUCUUCCACCUCUCCCUCUUCCUGUGCCCGACCCCAGGCCAUCAUGUGUUUAUCUGGCUUUGACUCAUCUGUUUCAGGGGUCACCAAGGCAGUAAAUAAAACAGCUCCUAGGCUGACUGAACAGC